AUUCAUUGUCGAUUUUGAGGUCAUAACGAAGCCACUUCAGUCACGUGGCGUACGCGGAGUGGAUUCUUGUGUGUAGAUCGCGCGAUAUGGAAAAUUUGCAAGUGGAUGAAUUUAUUGAUGGUCUUUUGAACCAGAAAGAUGCGACGGAACAACCUUCAGACACCCAGAAACCCGAAGAUAUCACCAUGAGGAUACCAGAGUGGUACGAUGAGAAACUGUACAAUAAAGGGCGUCACUUCUACUGGAACAACUGCUUCCAGUUCAGUUCUUCGAUGCUGGUGGGUCUGGUGGCCGUGUUUUCCGUGCCUUCCAUCCUGCGUGUGCUGAUAAGCUCUCGCCGGUCAAACUCGAUCUUCACUUCAUAUAAACGCUACCUCUCCACUGUACUUCAUACAAUCUCGUGGUUUGAACAUGACCUGAAACCUGGAACUGUGUCAUGGAGGUCCUUAAUGACAGUUCGUAGUCGCCACUUAAAGGCGAGUAUCGCAUCAAAGAUGAAGGGCCAAGGAAUAAUCUCUCAGAGAGACUUGGCUCUCACACAAUUCGGCUUCUUUGGGUUCGCCAUGCUGAAGCCAGACAAGUUCGGAAUAAGACAGUUGGAACCUGGAGACUGGGAAGCUUAUAAUCACUUCUGGAGAACAAUAGGAUACGUUAUUGGCUUGGAAGAUAAAUACAACAUUUGCCGGAAGAACUUCGAAGAAACCAGGGCUGUGUGUAAGAUUAUCCUGGAGCGAGUAUUUACGCCGUGUCUCGACGUGGUCCCGGAGGGCUUCGAGCAUAUGACCCGCACAAUGCUGGAUAGUAUGCGGUACGUGAACCCCACCAUCGAUGUGGAGGCGCUGCUGUACUGGACUAAGUACCUCGCAGGAGUGCCCGGCUAUAUCUACUCGGAGGGCGAGCGAGCUGAAUUACAAGAUACCCUUAGAGCCAAGCUGAAGGGAAGAUCUAAUGAUAUUGGCGUAGACACAGCGGAGCUGCUGCUAUCAAAACCAGCCAUUGAAAUAUCCCCGCGUACACCGCGACUGAUCUAUCUCCAGGACUACGAAACCAUAGAGUCGAUACCUGAGUACCAGCGACUUGACCUAACCGGCCGAUAUAAGCUGACAUUUAAUUACAUACUUGGAUCUUUGUACACUUCGUUCAUCUUCCGAUGGUUUAUCAAUUUAAAUUUCUUCCAGGCUCUAUUUCUGAUGAAAUAUUUACCAUACCUAGCAUUCUUUAAGUUUGGGAUCACCGCUUCGUAUGUCAAUAUAUUUAAGGAGGAUCCUGUCGAUGACACGGUUCCUAAGCCUAACUCUGAGUAUACUAAGCCAAGACAAAGGAAACCGUUUUAUAAAGAAAUUUUAUCCUUUCUUUGGUAGUAUUUCCAUUAGAUCAGCUGUUAAUUUCUUUAUCUACACCCAUGCUUUAAAUUCUCUAUUAAAGAUUCUGAAACAGUUAGCUUAUUGAAAACAUUAAAACACCCAAUGUUCUAAUAACCAUUACGUCAUCCAAACGAGUGUUGUAAUGUUGUACUGAAUUUCAUAACAACACUCCUAUGUUUUUUUUGAUCCCUUCAUGCGCAAAGAGUUUCAACAGACAGCCACAUUCUUAUUGCUCGAUGCGUGGUAUCUGUAUAAAUUUCAAAAAAAGAACAUUUCCGUUUACGCGCGUUCCACACUACCGGUACGUCGUAGUAAAAAAAAGUAGGUUAUUUGAAUCCCCGCCAUUUUGCUUCGAUAUUUUUAUUGUUUUGUUUACAAAAAAUUAGCGAUUCAUUUUUAACGCUGCAAAAGGACAUUAUAUUCUAGUGAAUUUUAAUUAUUGCACUAUACAAAAUGUAAAUUACUACUAAAAUAAAUAAUUGUUUCAAUACUUAGUUUAUAUGUAUAUAAUCAGUAAUGAAUGAUAUUAGGUUACUACUAGGACUGGUGUUUUAGUGUUAGCAGUAAGCUAACUGUUACAGAAGCUAUUAGAGGAUUCAUAUUCUGGGUGUAGAUAAAGUCUUGUAUGCAACUGUUGAUAAUUAGGUAUCAAAACACUCAUGUGAUAAAUCCACAUUCGUGUUUUAAUACCCCUUAUUACACAACAGUUGCAUAAAUAACUAUUGAUAUGUUUGCGCGAAAACAUUUAUUUCAAUUAUUUUUUUUCUAUCGAACUUGAAAGAUGUAUAGCUCUCCUCGAUAAGAUGUGGUUCUGUAGACAUAUUAUGAGUUAAAAUAGGCUUAUGGUAGCAGAUGUAUGAUACAAAUAUAGUAUUUAGAUCAACUAACGUCAGGUUGUUGAAUUUGCGUGACAGUGUGCGAACGCAUCGUAAAAGUUUACUUUAAUAAUAUUUGCCUAACGCGCCAAAAGAAGUACCUAUAACUUCUGACAUUAUUACUUAUAUAAUUUUUGUUCCACUUAUAAUAGCUUGGUAUCUAUGUCUGUUUGUAUGUAACGGAAUCUUUGAACUGAUUUUCUACCCCUUCAACACCUCGAAUUAAUUUGAAACAUUGCACACUGCUCAAGGUUUGGUGUAUGUUUAUUAAUUCUAAAUUCAGGGUGUUAAAAAUAUCCUGUACUAUAUCUUGAGGCGUAUAUUGGCAUCAAGUAGUGAGAACAAAUAAAUAUAAAUUUUCAGGAAAUAAGCACAUUAAAAAAGUAAAAAACAAUUAUAACGUACCCAACUAUAAAGGUAUAUAAUAUGAGGUUAGGACUCCCUGCGGCCAUUUUAAUUUUUCCCCCCCACACACUCAUUUCAUUCAUGUACCAUGAAGGGCGCGGGAGCAGCGGGAAAAACGAAAGUUUUGUAUUAAUAAUAACCCUGUGUUUAGGUCACUCCCAUCUGCCUGAUAAUCUGAUGCGCACUAUAGUUGUACCAAUAAUCAAAAAUAAAACUGGUGAUGCAUCAGAUGUAAACAACUAUAGACCGAUCUAUUUGGCCACAGUGGUCGCUAAAGUGCUGGACAGCAUGCUCGGUAAGCAUCUGGAUAAAUACGUCUCGUUAAACGACGCGCAGUUCGGUUUCAGGCCCGGGCUUUACACCGAGAGUGCUAUCCUGGUCCUUAAGCAGACUGUACGGUAUUACACUAGUAGAAAGAUCCCAGUAUACGCAUGCUACUUUGAUUUAUCAAAAGCUUUCGAUUUUGUAUCGUACAAUGAAACUUCUAUACCCAGGGAAAUAGUGCAAUUAUUUAUGCAUUGGUAUAAUAAGGAAAAGAACUACGUAAGAUGGGCAGGCUCUGCCUCGGAGGAGUACGGGCUGGAAUGCUGGGUGAAGCAGGGGGGGCUGACCUCUCCCAAGCUCUUCAGCCUGUAUGUCAACCGACUGAUCGAUGAGCUCAGCAGCUCCGGCAUCGGGUGUCAGAUUGAUGGAGUGUGCGUGAACAAUAUCAGCUACGAAGAGGAUAUGGUGCUGCCGAGCCCAUCGAUUGGCUACUGAGAAUUUGUGAGUGCUAUGCGGUGGCACAUGGGCUCAAAUACAACGCGAAAAAGAGUGAAAUAUUGUUCUUCUGGCCGGAUAAAAAGCGAUACACAUUCGUUCCGACAUUCAGCUUAUGUGGUACAGAGCUCUAAAUUAAGUCACUGGGUUACCGAGGAUCUCAAUGACAAUAUGGAUAUUGAAAGAGAGCGCUGUCUGUCCGAUGCAACAUGUUGACCUGCAGGUUUUCACGAUGCACGGAGACUGUUAAAGUUGCGCUUUUUAAAUCGUGCUGUCAGUCAUUUUACACCUGCAGCCUAUGGGUUAACUACACACUGCGGUCAUACAGCGAUCUGCGUGUUCAAUACAAUAACGCAUUCCGGGUGCUGAUGGGACUGCCGCGCCACUGCAGCGCCUCCGCUAUGUUCGCGGCAGCUCACACAGAUGGCUUAGCGGCCAUCAUGCGCAAGCGGUACGCUUCCACCAUGCGCCGCAUGCGCGAAAGUCCCAACACCAUACUGCGUACGCUGUCGGACCGGUGGGACUCCCCGAUGCUGGAUCGUUGGAUACGGCUGCACGCAGUCGUAUAGUAAUAUACCGUUAUCAUCGGGAAGUCCACCCGGCCCAGCCUGUUCUUUUAUUUUAUUUAUUUUCUAAAUAUGUGAUUUAAUAAUGAUUUAUUGUUAAUAUGUGAUUUAAUAUUGAGUUAUUGAUAUAUUAUUUAAUGAUGAUUUAAUAAGUUAUUACUAGUACUAUUUUGUAAAUUUGCAAAUUGCACUAACAAAUAUGGAUGUAAUCUCAUGAAUGAAUCAGAAAUAAAUGAUUAUUAUUAUUAUAAUAAACAUCGCCCGCCUUGAUCGUUUGAGCCGCUUCGCCGCGCAGCUGAUGCUUGCUAUACGCUAUUGGACCGAGGUCAGGGCGAUGAGCUUAGUUUACUGAUAGAAUAAAUAAGUCAGGGGUUCUCAAGAUAGGUAAAGACGAAAAAACCAAAAAUAAAUAAUAGUUAGAAAACACGCUUGGGGUGUAUUUCAAGAUAUUUUCAAAAUGACUCUUCUUCAACCAAUAUUUGUGAAUAAAACAUUUAUAAAGCAAAGUCACAUCAACUACCCUUGCCUUUUUUACGAUAAAAUACAUUUUUUUUGUUACUUAAUCACACCAUUCGUAGUUUAUGCUUAUUAAGAAUUAUUUUCUACUUUUCAGUUUAGUUUUCAUUAAAAACGUUGUUUUUAGUUGUAUAUAAACUAUUUAUUUUAUAUUAUAUUCACUUAAGAAAGAGUGAAGUAUUAUCGCUAAUCGUAGAGGAUUAAUGAUGCUGAGGUUUGCCAAAAAUCAAAUUCCUCUUAUUGAAUUGGAGCGCAUUUUUUUAGUGUGUAAUAUCUUACGUAAUAUAAGUUCACCAAUCAAAUGCUCCUUUGUUUUUUAAGUUCAUUUGGUUACCAUUCAAAACAUCUGGUUUGUUACACAACUUUUGCCCAAUUGUUUUCUUUUUUUUUUAUGAUAAUAAGGGGCGAGACGAGCUGUACGUUCAGCUGAUGGUAAUUGAUACGUCCUGCCCACUACAAUGUAGUGCCACUCAGUACAUUACAUUAUAUUUACAUUUUAAGUUUCCAUUUAGAAUGUUAAAAAUAAAAUCCCCAAAAAUGUUAA